AAUUUCAAUUAAAGUUGAUAAAUUUAUAAAUUCAUUCAGUGAAUAUUCAAGUUUAUGAUGGAAAUAACUAUUUUUAUAUAUGUUUUAAUAGAACGAAUGCAGCACCUUGUGUAUGUACCACACUAUGCAAAUCUAGGUCACUCCUGCUUAUCUAUAAGUGUUAUCAGUACUCUACAAUACCAGUUUAAUACUACUUAUCUAUAGUGAAAUAGAGCUGACGAAAAUAUGUGUACAGCAUUGCUUAUCUUAUCAGUGUUAUCAGUACUCUACAAUACAAGUUUAAUACUACCUAUCUAUAGUAGAAUAGAGCUGACAAAUGUAUGUGUACAUAGUGAAAUAUUAACUCGAGUCGGCUUCAGACUAAAUAGACAAAAUGCAAAUUUGAGACAAUCCUAUCCCCAUAGUUUACGUUUGAUAUUGUAUACUCUUCUUACAGACCAAACAUUGCUCAACAACACACAAGCAUUCUCUGGCCGAAUCUUGGUGGUCUGUUGACCUUGAGAAAAUCUAUGGCAUAUCAAAGGUCUGUCUACUAAAUGUCAAUGACGAUAUAUGGGAUAAUUUGAAAGAGUUUAAUAUUUUUGCUGGAGAUUAUCCAAACGAUAACAAGAACCUUUGUAAGUACGUUGUUGGACCAGUGAAGAGACCAUCUUCAACAGAUAAUACCCAAUACGACUGCUAUUCCUGCGAUACGGAAGCCGUUGGCUCUUUUCUUACUAUAAAACUAACUACAAAAGAUACAUCCUUAACACUCUGUGAUGUGAAUGUUCAAGGAAGGUUGAUUGAUAGCGAAAGGGGUAGGUAUACGUAAAAAUUUUCUCCUGCUUCUACAAGUGUUUUUUUCAAUCAAAAGUUAUUUUCCCCAAACUAAACUCAUGUAUUUUUCUCCAUCAAAAGCCUUUCAAUUGUUAGAUAUGACAAAUACAAAAACGCUGACUGGAGGGCAUAGGAAUGCCCUUUCAAAAGAGAAUGGAAUUGACAGAGUCUAUUAUACAAUGUUCAUUUCGAGAUCUUCAGCUGAAGGUGGAGGUUUCAUAAGCCCAUAUUUCCUAGUUGACAUUAUCAGCACGCAAAAAAUUCAUAGGAUGAUUUUUAUCUUGAGAUAUAAUGGCAAUCAGAGCCAGCUAAGAAGAUUUAGAAAUGUUUACGUUGCUGUGAAACAUAUUCCAGAAACAAUUUUUAAUCCAAACAGUAAAUUUUGUAUUGAAAGUCAAUCGGCAACUUUUCAGUUCACUUUCGAGUAUUUUCCUGUUGUCUGUGACCCAAUUCUUACUGGUAGAUAUAUAGUUACCAGUUUAGUGGAUUCUGGGAAUACAGAAAAGCUAUUAGAGUUUAUGGAAUUGUUUGUGUACGCCUCUCCAAUUGACACAAGACAACCGCAAGAACUUGGAAAUGCAUUUAAAGCACAGCUGGUUAGGGCAACUUUGAACGAUGCUACAUUAUCAACUAGUGAUUUGAAUUUGAUGCAAGAUAGUGUCUAUUAUAUCAAUGACAAUGAUGGAAAAUUAGCUGUGCAGUCAAAUACAGAUUUGGUGUUAGCAACUAAACUAACUCACCUAACUCAUGUUUGUUUGAGAGUCUUUCACCAGAGUUCUACCCAACAAGGAAUUUUGGUAAAAGUUUUAAACUUUUUACAUAAAAAUUUUUCGACUAAGACAACAUCUGGAGAAUUUUUAUGGUCUCAUACAGUUUGUGCAAAAUUUAACUUUCUAUUAACAUAUCAUAUAGUAAUUACACCGCAAGACAAUCAAGCAAUUUCCGAAAUUGAUCUCAUUGCAGUGUCAGCUUUAACACAAAAAGUUGAAUCCGACUGUUCUGAGAAUAUUCAUAAAUUAACGUAUCCAAUCUCUGAUCUACCUAGUACCUCAAAUUCCUUCUUCCAUGUUGUGGCAGAGACUACAAAGAGUGACGAGCCAAUUGCUGUCUACACAAUCAACAAUGGAGCUAAUUAUUCAACAGAUUUAUGUCGAUUUUUUGAGAUCGAAGAUCAGUACUGGUAUUCGAAAUAUCAACUUUUUCUCUGCUCGAAAUCUGAUCAUUAUAUUGAAAUUAAUCAUUAUUUGCUACGACAAUUCGUAAAAUACGUACACAUCUUCUGAUUGACAGUGUGAAUAACAAAGAAAAUGAAUAGAAUACUUUUAUGAAGACAAACUAUGACAUUUCGUCUUUUGAUUGGCAGUUUCACAAAAUACAAUUUUAAUAUAUCUUAUAUGCACCUCUUACCCUACAGACUCUAUUUACAAUCAACUCUUGUUUAGUUGAAUUGAUUAUUGUUAUUAUUAGUUAAGCCAAAGUCCACCACAAGAAUAAAUAGCUUGCAGUUGGACUUGUUUGUCAAAUUAGCCGAGCUGUUGGGAAAAAUACAACUUACAUUAAUAUCGAUAAACUACAAAGAGAAAUUAUGGAGGUUGUUGUCAGCAUUUUUAAUAGUUGUAUAGGAUUUCCACCUAAUCCCUUUACCACUUAACCCUCCCCAACUCUCCUCAGCAAUCAAUCACAAAAUGACAGAAGCCUAGUCUUAUAACAAAUUAUUCUAAAACAUUUAAUAAUCCAUUUAAGAUUAUCGCAUUUUCUGCUCUCUUUGUUGCAUUCCUCAGGUGCAAAUAUAUGACAUUUGGGAAACAAUACGCA